CAGGCCACUCUGAUACCUGAAGAUCCUGGGCUCUUCCACGUUGCAAUCCAUGGCUUGACUAGGGCUACUUUCACGAUUCAUAGUAUCAACACAGUAUCAUAACCGACAUACAGAUAGCCUAAUCAACAGGCCCCUAUGCAUCGAUUCUCCGCUCGCUCAUGUGUGGACUUCCAAAGUAGCAAGCUCUGUGGGAUUACAGGCGCUCAGAAGAUUAUCGAUACCAUCAACAGUCGCACCUUUGUAUCUAGGCUUGUGCUUGGGUAUAAUCUCUUGCAAGAUGACGGAUGCGAAGCGCUCUUUGAUUUCCUCUGCACGGAAGAAGGUCAAAGACAUGGCAUAGUUGAGAUCAGUUUGAAUGGAAAUGGGAUUGGCCCUAGAGGUCUUCUGGCAAUCUGCAGAUAUCUGAACGGGAACACUGUUCUUCAAGAGCUAUUUCUACAAAAUAAUUGCCUGGCGCUCGACCAGACAACUGUUUCCACAUUUGCCGAGGCUCUCAAUAAUUCUCUUCUAUCCAAACUUGCCCUCUCCACUAAUACUCAACUCGCCGACGCGUUCCUAUCUCUAUUUUUGUCAUCCUUAGACACACCUCAUCUUCAAGUUCUUCAUCUCUCUGCGAUUGGCCUCACACCUCUUUCCACACCUGUCAUCAUCGAAUACCUCUCUUGCCGUCGAUCACGCUAUCUGAACCAUCUCAAUCUCAAUGGAAAUUAUCUGGGAUUUUCCUCAGUUCUAGCAAUCAUCGAAGCUGUAGAGAAGCAUAAUCAUAGCCUUGCAUUCCUCGAGAUGUUCGCCAACUGUUUCAUCGACGGAGAACUCGGUAUCAUUCUCGGGCAACAUCAGGACACCGAACCAGCUACACAAGGCGCGACGGGCGAUGAGCGGACAAGCAUCGCAGACUGGCAGCAAAGUCAUCGGCAAUUGAACAAUAUUUUGACGCGUAAUAAAAUGUCCGCGACGGACACUAUGCGCGAAGCGGUCGCGUUGUUGAAACCAGCACGCAGCCUCUUGCUCCAGUCCGGGAGCCGAGGUGACGUCCAUGGAUUCGCGCAGGCUCUCUCUCCCUAUCUUCCUAUCGAAUUGCAACUUUAUGUCCUUUCGUUCCUUGCUCCUCGACUUUCAGACGCGCAACGUCUCCGUAUCUAUCAAUACGCGUCAGACCCGGGUACCCUUCCUCCAGAUCCACGUCAGCUUCCCAGACUUUCGCGCAAUACUCCCUCCAAGAGCAAAUCGAGUUCUCUACUUCUGCCCAACUUGAACAACACGAGCGAAAUUGGUUCAAAGAGUAAAGCUGAGGAGAGGUGGAGGUAUCUGCGCAUCGUGGAUUGUGUAUCUAAAGAUCCCUCGUGAUCUGCAGUUUGGGCGUGAUCGCAUGAAGAAUUUGUUUAUAUGAUCGUACGUUUAUACUUUCAGUUUCGGGCUGCGCAAGACACGACUGUCUGCCACCUGCCGGCACGCUCGACACUAGACAUCGCCCUAGAUCUGUGUACAAUCGAGCCAUGCCGACACGAUUUUCGGUUUUUAUUCCGGCCCUUGCUGUCCUCGCUUAUAGGUUGAUGAUCUGAAUGGCGCGCUCACGAGGUCUGCCGAUAGGAAAGCCGAAUCUGCUUCUCCCUGCUGAUGCUCCCAUGCCCGGCUCUUCGACAACCAUUAUAAG